AUGUAUGAAUACAAAAAUCAAAAUGAUGAUGAAAACGCAAGCAAUGAAAUAUCAACAUUAGACGAUAAUAUCCAAAUUGAAUGCUUAGACCCAUCAAUUAUAUCAGUGUGUGGAUCAAAAUUCGAAGAUCUCAUUUUAAAGUUAGAGGAAUUUAUAAAAACAGACGCAAACAAAAACCAAUACUUCGAUUUAACUGAUUUAAAUACUGUUAACGACAUCCUUUCUCAAAUAACUCCAUUAUUAUCAAAUCCUACUUUAGCAGAUGAAUGUUGUGAAUCAGAUAUUAUUAUUACAGCAUUACAAUUGCUAUUUUCAAGUUCUGAUACGCCUGAAUCUACGCUUAAUCACCUUACAGAAAUUGGAUAUAGAUUAUUAUUAAGAAAAUUAAACGAAAAAACACAAUUUUUACCAGAAGUAUUUUGUUCAUUAGCAAUAAGUACUACCGGAAAUUUACAAAAACGAUCAAUUGUUUCAAUAACCAACAUAUUAGUAGAUUUAUACACUCAAGGAAAAGAAAAUGAUGAAUUAGUCUUGAACAUUAAUGGAUCAGUAUCUCAAAAGCUACUUGAUGACCUAAUGAUCGCUAAUGAUCCAAUAUUAAUAAGUAAUAUUUUAAAUUAUUUUGACAAUUUAUUAUUUCUAAUAUCACGAACCAAAAAUCAGAAUCCAAAUCUAUUUGCAGAGAUUAAAACGAUUUAUCCAAAAUUGGCAGAAAUUUCAUUAAGUUUUCUUGACCCUUACAACGAGAUAUUUACAGCCAGUGCUCUUCAGUUGCUAUGCCAAUUAUGUGAAGAUCCAUUAGUUACAAAGGAACUUCUUAGUUCCGAAAAUAUUUUUCAAAUUUUAUUUCAUUUGAAUGAAAUUCAUCACGAACUAUUUAAUAAGUUAGAAGAAUCAGAAGGUGAUGAAUUGAUAAGCCAAGAUAUGAAAUUAUCACAUGGAGUCUUUCAAUUGAUUCGUAUUUUAUCAAUGACACAAAAUUUUUCGAAAACAAUUCCAUUUAUAUUUGAAAUACCUGAUUUUGCUGAUAUUUUGAAAUUUGAGCUUCAUUUCGGACAUAAGAAUACAAAGGAAAUCGUAUUUGAUAUUAUAGAAUUGUUUAUUGAUACUAGAUAUGUUUAUUUCCAAGAGAAUGGUAUAAUUGAUGAAUUGUUUUCUAUUUAUUUAAAUGAUGAAACAUCAUUUACAGAAAAAUCACAUAUUGUUAGAAUAAUUUUAACAUUCUUUGAUUUAGUUCCUGAUACUGUUAUUGAGCCUUAUUUAACUGAAGAAGUAGUUAUGAGUUUGUGCCAAUUACUUGGGAAAACUAUUCCAGGAUAUCCAAGAUUUAAUAUUUGUUUUUGUGAUGUAUUUUAUAAGUUGUGUAUUUCAUUUCCACAUGUGUUAGAAUUUCUCAGAGAUGAUGAAAUACAUGAUGAACUUGAUGAAUACAUAAAUGACUUCGAAAUGAAUGAUAGCGCAAUUCAUUUGCUAAAAUUAAUUGAAGACGGUCAAGGAUCUUCUGAUGAGUUUGAUUAA